GUAGCCACAGCGCCAUUUCGUGAUAACUGCUUCAAGGUACAGUACAGUAGUAUCAGCCUACUGAAUUGGAAACGGAUCAUAUAAGACACCAACCAACACAACGUCGAAAUUGUACUCAUUUUUAAAUAAUUGAGCUCCUGGCGUGCAUUUUGUUGCAGCGACGGGUGGAAAGCGGGCUGCGCGUGACUAGUGUUGGUUAGCUGUCUACACAGCGGUAAUUUUUUGCUUUACUUUUCGAAUUAGGACUUUUGAACCUUCAUUUUUCCAAGUUUACCAUACGAGCAUUUUGUGUGUUUAUGGUAAAACAUUUAUGUGAAGAAAGAUCGAAGGUUGUUUCCAAUCUUACUGGACAAAUGAUUAGGCCUAGUAGUAUGUGGUCAACAUCAUGGUCGUCUUUUCCCCUUCCUGGAAUGACGUUUUUAAAAGGGUUUUUAUACAGUUCAACCUUUAUUUUAAGACCCUGUAAUUUGAAUUUCGGUUGUUGAAGUUGACUGCUCAGAAAUAUUUCCAACGUUUUCUUUUUGGCUUUGUUAUUUUUGAGGUUCGCAACAGUGCUCUUUGCAUUAGCCCUAUUUCUCGAAACAAUGACGUAAUUUUUGAGGCAAUAUCUUUUUUUCGCUACGAAGAGUGAAAGUGGGCGUUCGUUUGCACUGGAAUAAGAACAAUACGGUGUAUUGUUUUUUGAGGCAUCUUUUUUGAGCAGCGACAAAUCAAACAGGUAGGCAGGCAGGCAGACCACGACCGUCCAGGGUACAGGCAAUAUGGACCGGUCUCCCACCACCACUAGCCUGAUGGCUGGCAACGUUACCAACAAGACGGACCCUCGCUCACUCAACUCCCGGGUCUUCAUCGGGAACCUCAACACUCUCCUGGUCACCAAGGCAGACGUGGAGGCCAUCUUCAGCAAGUACGGCAAGAUAGUGGGCUGCUCCGUGCACAAGGGGUUCGCUUUCGUCCAGUACGCCAACGAGAGGAACGCCCGGGCUGCCGUAGGGGGCGAGGAUGGGAGGAUGAUCGUAGGACAGGUGCUGGACAUUAACCUCGCUUGUGAACCGAAGCAUCAGAGAUUGAAGACUGUUAAGCGCUCUGCAGGAGACAUGUACAGUUCUUCAUUUGAUUUGGAAUAUGACUUCCAGAGAGAUUACUACGACCGGAUGUACCCGUACCAGUCCCGCGUGCCUCCUCCGCCUCCUCCCCCCCUGUCCCGGGCGGUGAUCCCCUCCAAGCGGCCCCGGGUCAGUUUGAGCGGAGGUGGUGGAGGAAGAGGAGGUGGAGGAGGAGGGGCCAGCCGACGCACCAAGACCAACUUCUCAUCCUCCAGGAGCAGCCAGAGCAGGGUCUCCACCUCACGCACCAUGAAGGCAGAUGACCUGCAGACCAUCAAGAGAGAGCUGACCCAGAUCAAACACAAGGUUGACUACCUGCUGGAGAGUCUAGAACGCAUGGAGAAGGACCACACCAAGAAGUUAGACAUGAAGAGUAGUGGGAAGCCUGAACUCGGGGAGGUGUCUCCUCUCCUCCACUGCGGAGGAAAGAAGGAGGAGAGCUUGAAGAGGGAGAGCCAACUGCUCAAUGACUCAGAAGAGGAGGAGGGAGACCUACUGGAGGAGGAGGAGGAGGAGGUGAAGAGUCGAGGAAGGGAAGAUGACGAUGAGGAGGAGGAAGGAGAGGAUGAUGGCGAUAGCGCCAACGGAGACGACUCUUAAACACAGCAAGAUUGUCUGUUCACGCGCGCGCACACACACACACACACACACACACACACACACACAUAUACAGGCACACACAUAUACAGGCACACACACACCCUGUCAUACACAAAAGGAAAUGUGUAUAACUACAUACCAACACACACGCAGUACAUGGACAGCUGUUCUUACUGAACUCAGUUGAAAUGUCCAUAUGAAUACCUAUGUUCUGUAUCAUUCUGAAUGUGUACUCACAUACACAUUCAGUAACACUCUACCAGUUAUGUCAAGGAAAUAUCUGUCCCUUUUCUUCCCUUUGGAUUUUUCUCCUCUGUAUUAGUUUGUAGCCUCCUACGGCCGUCCUGAUCUCGCCAUUUACAUUAUAAGCGAAAUGAAACGAGCGAGAGCGCGCGCUGAGGUCAGGAUGGUGGACCAGGCUAAUUAUUUACGUAUAUCAUAUGCAUCAUGAACAUUUGUUUUAUUCUAGUUGUACUAGUCUGGAUGCAGUGGUUCUCAAACCUCUCCUCAGAGAUCCCCAGCCGUUCCAUGUUUUUGAUCUAUUCCAGAGCUAACACACCUGAUUCAACUUGUCAACUAAUCAUCAAGCUCUUGACUAGGUGAAUCAGGUGAGCUAGUUCAGAGCUACAACAACAUUGUGAAACGUCUGGCUGUCCCGAGAGGUUUUAAAACUACUGGACUGGAGGAUCUUGGCAUAGCUGAGAGGACACUGGGUGCUGUACUGCUGUGUCCACCAGCAGGUGGCACUGUGCAAUUACAUUUUUACACACCGAGGCUACCGUGAAAUGUGGCGCUGGAGUCUGGAAGAUUUUACAAUUUACAUAUUAUAAAAACGGUAAACAAUGAAACAGACAUGUAUAGGAAGAUUUCAUGCCAGGAUUUUCCAAUGUAUGCCCUGAACGGUUUUGCUUGUUUCUUUUUUUAGCUUACUUAUUUGUGUCAGGAAAUACAGAGUUUGACUUAAUAUAACCUUGAGUUCUGUAAUGGAUGAUAUCCAUGUUGGUGUGUUUGUCUCAGUUGCCGUGUGAUUUCAGUUGACCAUUACUUGGACUGUGCUUGUGAAUUAAAAACUUCCAAGUGGGAAUGCUCCAGG